CCUGCGUAUAGUUAAAUCACUCCAACUCCACCUUCCCGGUCUGUGGAAGAACGGGAGGAAGGGAAUUGUUGCAAGCCUGUUGCUAUGGCCACGUAGCAGCAGGCUGAGCUGUUUGUGUGGCUGGAAUCCUGCUGCAUCAGCUGCUGCACGUAUUUAACUGGAUUUGGAGGAUGAAGUCCAGCCUAAUGCAUUUUGUUCCCCCAGUGAGUAGGGACAGAAUAAUCUCCCAGUUUCCCAAGUGGUACACACCUGAGGCCUGUCUGCAGCUUAAGGAGCACUUCCACACACAGGUCAGCACUGCCUGUCAGCACAGCACUGCAACAGCAGGGCUGAAAAUAUCCAAAGUGGUUGUGGUAGGAGACCUGUAUGUUGGGAAAACCAGUCUUAUCAACAGAUUUUGUAAAGAUAAUUUUGACCGAGACUACAAGGCAACCAUUGGAGUGGAUUUUGAAAUGGAACGUUUUGAGAUAAUUGGAAUCCCAUAUCAUCUCCAGAUAUGGGACACAGCAGGUCAGGAAAAGUUCAAGUGCAUUGCAUCUGCUUACUACCGAGGAGCAGAGGUUAUAAUAACAGUGUUUGAUCUGGCUGAUAUCCAAACUUUGGAUCACACCAAACAGUGGCUAGAAGAUGCAUUGAGGGAGAAUGAACCAGAUUCCAGCUUCGUCUUUCUAGUUGGAACAAAAAAAGAUUUAGUGGGACAGUGUGUUCGUUAUUCAGGAACAGGGAAGAUUUCCUCCUUAGUUGAAUAUGACAUCAUUGUUGGAAGAACAGCAUAUAAUGCACUCUCCAUACCAUUCUCAGUCCUGUAUUUCUCUUCCUGCAGCUAUCAAUACUUAGUUUUUAAAGAUUUCAAAAGAAACUUGUUUCAUUUGCUGUUUAAUUGAUUUUUUUUUUUUAUUUCCACCCAACUGCCACAAUAUCACUUCUGCACUUUGUUUCUUACCCUUUAGUGAAAAUAAGUCCUAGAAAAUUGCAUGUCUGUCAGUUUUUCUGGUACUCUGUGUAGUUUAUGCUGCUUUUUCUGAGUUGCAAUAAAAGCUAAACGUGCCAGACCUCUGAGGACACACAUCUGAAGCCUUGUCUAAGCUAGAGUACCUUACUGGAAGUUAAUUUCUGAUUUUAGAAUGUAGUGCUUUUAACUGAAAGGGAGACAAGAGCAAAGCAAAGGAUUUUAGGUUCUAGGUAUUACUUCAGUGUGAAGCCAGUGUCUUCCCAACUGGAUUCAUUCUCCUUAUCAUGUUGAUGUCACAUAAUCAUUUCCAAAUGUUUAGAUUUCUUCUCAAGUUUGCAGGGGUUCUCCAUUGUAAGACAAUCUACAGAAAACUGUAAAAAGAUGACUGGUGUCAUCCAUCCCAAAUAGGCUAGAAAUCAAAAGCAAAUAGCAGCAUACUUAUGAUUGGUGACGGAGAACUAAUGAGAGGGUGAAAAGACCUGAAAACUAAGUGCAAGAAAGCAAAAUCCCAUUGAAAGGGCAAGAAAUUUUAGUCCUAAAAAAGAGCAAAAAUAAAAAGGGGGGGAAGACCAUUGGGUUACAGCACAGUAAAAACUGAUGCAAUAGACAAAACAGACUAAACCCAAAGAACUGUUGUGAUUAAUUGGUCCCACAACUCUUCUG